AUGACAGAGAAGAAGAUUCAGCCUCUGCUCUCUUCCGGUGCUCUGCCAUGCUGCUGAUGAAUCUUUAUUAAAAAUCAGAAGCUGUUGUUUGAGAGACAUGGAGCCUCAAAGAGGACCGAGCAGCAGGUGACAGACCCGAGAGGAGUAGAUAAUGGAGGAUCUGCCGGUGAACAGAGGAGGAACUGGUGCAACAGAUGGCCAAGAAGAGGAUUCUUCAUUCUAGAAUGGUCAGAGACAAUCUUGAUAGAACAGUUGUACAGAGCCUAGAACAGAACCGUGCAGCUGAGACACAGAACCAGAGUCAGCCUCCUGAAGAACCCGCCAGACCCGAACAGCCGCGGAGUCCAGAGGGAGCUGAACCAGAGAGCCGAGAGCCGUCCAAGAAGCAACUAAGUCUGCUGCACUGGAGACAAUUCCUGACUCAACACGACUCGGAGGAAGAGGCAGAAACCUGGAACCAACCGGUGCCCAGAGACAACACUGAGACCUUGCCCACUCACCUCCGUCCAUUCAGCAGCUUUGCAGAGUAUAAACUGGUAAAACACACUUACCAGCAGCUUCAGUAUAGUGGAUUCUACUGGGGGCCAAUGACAAUGGAGGAGGCACAUGAAAUACUCACACGCGCACCGCUGGGCACCUUCCUCAUCAGAGACAGUGGCCAGCCAGAUGUUUUCUUCACUCUGAGUUACCAAAGCGAUGACGGCCCGACUAGUGUUCGUGUCUUGGUGAACAACCUGCUCUUCAGUCUGCACGGCAGCCACAAGACUUUCCCUUCACUCUUCGCUCUGCUCAAUUAUUACACCGGCUCUUCCUGUAAGCUGACCAGGCCGUAUCGCAGGCAGCGGCCGGAGAGCCUGAAGCAGAUGUGCAGGAGGGCUUUUAUACGCACUUAUGGAGCAGACAGUACAUUACCUGGACUCAGCACUCAAGUGAAAGACUAUGUUCAUGCAUAUCCUUACUGUAUAUAG